UGUGGAAACGGUGGCUCUCGGGGGUUACAUGGCCGACUCGCUGUUGCAACAGGCACUUUGUACGCUCGCUCGAGCGCCGAAAAUCUUUUACAUUUUUCACAUUUUUGGGAGAAGAAGGCUGCUCUUAACGCCCCUUUUAAAAGCGCCACAUGCCGUGUGCUCCGUGUCAGAGCCCCGGAAACACCCACGGGGGAUUUAAGCCUCAACUAAAAAUAAUAAAAUAAAAUGAAUAUCCAGCUCGAAAAACAGUUUUUUUGUUUUUCUUUUGUGGGACAACAUGACGACUGUAAGCGUUGCUCUUCUCUUGUCUCCAGUUGGCUCGCUCGGCGCUUGGGGGAUUUCACCAGAGGCUUUUCGGACCACCUCGACGAAAAACACCGGGGAGACUUGUUGCUUCACCACCUUGGACGUUGCUUUUUUAAAUUGCCGUCGAACUUCUGUGUCUCACCCUAGUGUGGUCCAAGCUUCAGCUUGGAGAGCCCACCACCAAAAUUGAUCCCAGCAGCUGGAGCGGCAGCGAGAGCCCUGCCGAAGACAUGGAGAGGAUGAGCGAUUCGGCAGACAAGCCGGUGGACACCGAUGCAGAAGGGGUAUGGAGUCCUGACAUCGAACAGAGCUUCCAGGAGGCCUUGGCCAUUUACCCUCCUUGUGGACGUCGGAAGAUCAUCCUGUCAGAUGAGGGGAAGAUGUAUGGUCGGAAUGAACUGAUUGCCAGAUAUAUCAAGCUUCGGACGGGGAAAACGAGGACUCGCAAGCAGGUGUCUAGUCACAUACAGGUCUUAGCAAGAAAGAAAGUUCGAGAAAUCCAAGCUGCCAUUAAGGUACGUCUGGCUUUGCCCAGUUACAGGGGGCUUUUCAUUGCCAUGGUUACAGGCUCUUCCUUUGUUUUCCUCCCCUCCCCUACCCCGCAGGUGUCUAGUCACAUUCAGGUUCUAGCCAGAAGAAAAUCUCGUGAGUUUCAUUCCAAGCUAAAGGUUACAAGUAUGGACCAGGCCGUGAAGGACAAAGCCCUCCAGAGCAUGGCCUCCAUGUCGUCAGCGCAGAUCGUCUCUGCCACGGCUAUUCACAACAAGCUGGGCCUGCCCGGCAUCCCGCAUCCAGCAUUCCCCGGAGCAGGGAUAUGGCAAGGGAUGAUAUCAACGAGUCAGCCAGGAUCCUCACAAGACAUCAAACCCUUCACCCAGCAAGCCUAUCCCAUCCAGCCUGCAGUCACGACAAUUUCAAGCUACGAGCCCACGGCCGCUUCUGCUCCGACGGCACCAGCAUGGCAGGGCCGCUCUAUCGGUACAACCAAACUGCGACUGGUGGAGUUCUCUGCCUUCCUGGAGCAACAAAGAGACCCAGACUCUUACAACAAGCACCUCUUUGUGCAUAUCGGACAGACAAAUCAUUCCUACAGCGACGCCCUGCUUGAGUCUGUGGACAUUCGUCAGAUUUAUGAUAAAUUUCCUGAAAAGAAGGGAGGACUGAAGGAACUGUACGCGAAGGGCGCCCAAAAUUCCUUCUUCCUUAUAAAGUUCUGGGCCGACCUAAACUGCAACAUUCAAGAGGAGAACGGAUCUUUCUACGGUGUCACCAGUCAGUACGAGAGCUCAGAGAACAUGACCAUCACAUGCUCCACUAAAGUGUGCUCUUUUGGAAAGCAGGUGGUCGAGAAAGUAGAGACUGAAUAUGCACGGUUUGAGAACGGACGCUUCGUCUACCGGAUAAGCAGAUCUCCAAUGUGCGAAUACAUGAUCAACUUCAUUCAUAAGCUGAAACACCUGCCUGAGAAGUACAUGAUGAACAGCGUGUUGGAGAACUUUACGAUCUUAUUGGUGGUGACCAACCGGGACACGCAGGAGACGCUGCUUUGUAUGGCGUGUGUAUUUGAAGUGUCGAACAGCGAACACGGUGCCCAGCAUCAUAUCUACAGACUGGUAAAAGAAUGAAUCGGCCCCUCUCCUUUUCUCACAGACUCUCUGACCUCCAGACAAGUGGCAUUGCCUCUCGCUAAAAGUCACAGCGACAGCGUUUUUCGGUCGUUACCUGAAGUCUUUUCUUAUCACUGUGUUGUUUUUGUGUUGUUUGACUGCAGCGGUGAGUUGUGCUACUAGUGUUUUCUUUUUUGUUAUUCUUCGUUCCAUUGCAGGAAAUCUUGAGAGAUCAUGUAGACCUGGUAUAACUGUGGCAUCGACGUACUAAAUUUACUCUAAUUUGGUAAAUGGAACUGUGUGUUGUCAAUUUUUUUGUCUGUAUAUAUGCUAUUGGCCUUUUUGUGCCAGUGGCCUCAUGUGGUCUGUGCAAUGUUUGAGUGUGUUGAUCAUGCUUGUUUUAUGUGCAAGACCUACAGCCCAUAGAGCUCCAAAGAAACUAACCUGACACUAAAUAUGCUAUGAAAUUACUGCCUUUUCUUUUUGGAAUUGUCUAAUGUUGUUGUUUUCUUUUGCUUUUUAUCAGCGAGCAGUGAAUUAUUUUCCCUGUUGAAGCACACCAACACAGUCACAGCAGUUUGAUUGCACUCUAAAACAAGAUACUAAACUCACUUUGCUGCCUUUUCUCAAGGAUUUAGGAAAACAAUCCAACCUGCUAAGCAUUCCCGUUCCUGUCAGAUGAUUGUAACACAUGACUGUCAAACUCUUUUUUUUUUUUUGGUUGUUUUGGUGGCCACAUUAUUAUUAUUAUGGUAUGAUUAUGCAGUGUACCCCCGUUAUUCACAUGGGGCAGGGACAGAGUCUGACCGCAAAUAGCGAAUUUCCGCCAAUAGUUGACACGCCCCUAAAAGUGAUUAUAAUUGCUUAUUUUAAGAGUGUAAACCAGUGGGUCUUAAACUUUUUACACCAAGUACUACCUAAAAAAAAAAAACUUGACAAGUACCACCAUCAUGACCAACAUUAAAAUGCAGUAACAUAGACGGCCUAAGUGUAUAUAUAUAUAUAUAUAUAAAAUAAAAUAAAAAUAGAUUUAUAAGUAUAUUUAAUUUUAUUGUAAGCCAGUAACUUUAUGCACAGUUUGAACAUUAACACUCUGCUUUAAAGAUCCCAUAUUUUGGUUAUUUAGACCUCCAUAGAGUGACUCUCGAACAUGGACUUAGUAUAAAAGUGUCAAUUUCAUAUAAAAACAAAAACAAAAACAAACAAAAAACACCUUGGUUUUGUCAUACAAGUGUCCAGAAAAGGCCGCCGUGACAGCUACUUCUGUUUGACCCACUUUUGUAUCUGCUUUGUCCAUAUUUGGCUAAGACCGCCCCCAUUCCUCUGAUUGGUUGCCUCCGUUUAGAAGACCCACUUGUGAAAGCGCACGUGUUUGUUAUGUUGACAGCGCUGUCUCGUGAGCAGAAAGGGAAGGCCGAGAUCUUCGUUAGUGACUUAGAUAAGCUCGAGAAAUUCGAAUGAGCUGAUUUCAGGCCUCUCUGCAGAAAAACUUAUGGAACUCAGGAAUGCGUGGACGAUUUUAAUUCAUAUUUCACGUUUACUGAGCCAUAGAGACAAUAUUACAUCCCAAAUACUAGAAAAGGUUGGUUUGUUAAAAGAUGGCAUCUUGAAUAUUGCGCAAUAUAACAGUACUUAAAUCAUGAUUUCAAUAAAAUGCAUCGCGCCUAAGUUAAAUAAAAACUGUACCUUAAUAAAAGUUUAAACACAAACACUUCUUAAAGAUUAAAUGCAAGUGUAUUGUACUCAAAAAUUAAAUACAACUGAAAUGCACUCCACCUGUUAUUCUUCCGCAUACCUCCAGAGGGAGCCCACGUACCACUAGUGGUACUUGCACCAUACUUUGAGAAUCAAUCGUUUCACCAGUAAAUAUACCACAAACUAUUUCAAAUCUUAAAACAUCUUCAACAUUGCUGUAUCCUUAAGGAAUAAAUUAAAAAAUAAAGUACAGUUAACAACAAAAAAAUACAAGGAGGUGAAUUUGCGAAUACCCAUCAGCGAAUAUGCGGGGGUCCACUGUGCAUAAUCCCCCCAUUGAAUUAUUACAUACACACAACAAAUUGAUGGAUAGUUUCAAAUUCAGAAGUCAAGAAAAAUGGUUUGUUCAACGAUUUUUCUUUCUUUGUUUUUUUUGGGUUUUGUUUUGAAAAAGAGGUUUCGCAACAAACAAUGCUUGCCAAAUCUCAACGUUAUUAAAAGUGAUGACAUUUUGCAAUUCCGGUCCAAAUUUGAUCAAGAAACAUGGAGCAGGCUCAGAUGAUUGACUUUGGCAGACCACGUGAAGUCACGUGACGAACCGGAUCUGGCCUUGAGUUUGACACCUGUGUUCUUACAGGUUAAAGCACUACAAGAUGUAAACGGAGUCAUCCAAAAGCACUUUCUUUCUUCUGCUCUUAAGUAGCCCCGACACUAAAAUCAUGUCAGACAGCAAGCCAUGUUUACGUUUGUGGCUUCUCCCCCCCCACUACAUGAGUAGCAUUCCCGGCAUGAUCUGAGUCAGAGCGUUGCUGCCUCACACUACAUUCCUGUUACCGUGGCCUACGCCGGCCCCCAAAGCCUUAAACACGCUACAGCUGUGCGAUCUCCGAGAGACGCUACUAAAACUGUGACCUGUUUCCUCGUAAACACUCCCCAAGUCGGAGUCGUGUGAGAGAUUCCCGAAACAGUCUGCCAAAGUGUUAAGAGUACAGUGCCUUAGCGUAUAUAGUCCAACUUUAUCCUGCAUCCUAAUGUCAAGUCAGGCUGAUACAGGCAAAAUCCUCCACCAGUACACUCCUCUAUUUUCAGAUUCACUACAUAAAAAUGCCUCAAAUAAUAUUAAAGUUGUAUUUUUCUCUAUAAAAGUCAUAUAUUCCCUAAAUAUCAGCUUUUUUUUUUUUUCUAUGAAGUCUGGUGAAAUUUUCUGUGGUAAAAGACCAAAAAAAAAAAAAAAAAAAAAAUUCUCUUACUCUGUUAUUGUGUUUGUUGCAUGGUAGCAAAAAGUGCCUUUGGUUUACAAUUUACAAUUCAAACUGACACAAAACGACAAUGUUGCUAGACCAAAAAAUGAGAUUGAACCAAGUACCACAUUGCCUUUCUUUCUUAAAGCAGGGAGGGAAAACAGAGCAUUUCAUCCAGCCAGCAUGUCAUUCUAAAAACAAAUACUGUACAACUUCAGAGGAACUGCCAGCAACAUUUCCUCCAUAAUGCUCCAAGUAUGCACUGAACAAAAAUAUAAACGCAACGCUUUGAUUUUUGCUCCCAUUUUUCAUGAGCUGAACUCAAAGAGCUAUGUACAAAAAGUCCCAUUUCUCCCACAUAUUCACAUAUUCAGAUCUUUGCAACAUCUCGCCGCGCGUUACUAGGAUGAAUGGCACAAAUGAUCGACUGACCUUAUGCGACCCUCCCGAAACAGUAAAACGGCACAUUUUAGAGUGGCUUUUUAUUGUGGGCAGCCCGAGACAGACCUGUAUAACAAAUAUGUUGCACUGGUUGAGAAAAAUGGUGGUCACGCUGGUUUUAUAACAGUACUUCGACUUUAUUCUCUGCGAAGAACAACUAAUAUUAGUGCCGUACUGAUAAACUGAAAGGUGUUCAGACGGUUCAAUGUGCAGUAUAUCUGCCUGUCUGUCUUUUACUGCCCUCAGGUGGCCAAGGUGGAGACACCACAUUUUAGAUUGGCCUUUUUCUGAGGGCAACCUAAGACGCGCUUGUGCAAUAAUCGGACUGUCCAAUCAACAUCUUGAUGUGCCACACCUGUGAGGAUUUACGACACAGAUUUGUGAACAAUAUUUGAGAGAAAUAGGACUUUUGUGCACACAGAAAGUUCGGCUUGGGAAAAAUCGGAGCAAAAACAAAAAGUGUUUGUUUUUGUUCACUGUGUUACUGUAUCAUAAAAGAAAUCAAUCAGGUUUUGUCAUAAAAUAAGGACGUCCCCAGAGGGUUAGAACUUGAAAAUGGUUCCCCAGCCAUGUCUUAUAGGAUUGUGAUGCUAACUGGGGAAGCUGCUCAAUUGUAGAUGGUUCCCUCAUCUCUAGAUUUUCACAAAGGAUUUUGAAGCAAGUGAAAUUGCUUGAGGUCACUGAGCUUAAAUAAAACACUAGCACACACUUGCAGGUUCAAGUGUUUUAAAAUAAAAAUAAUCUCUGAAAUGUUAGCCCCCAAAAAAAAAAAAAAAAACCCUGGCUUUUUUUUUUUUUUUAACAAUAAAUAUUUCAAGGUAAUAAAGAGUGGAGCAGAGCUACAUGCAUCUCCACUGUUUCUUAAAGAAAAUCUGGUCUGUGGUGGACACACAUACAGGUAAAAGCUCAAUCAGUGUUUUUCCACCACUGUGCUCUUUGAGUAGAUUUUAUGUUUGCCCUGUGUAUCUGUUCACGUAUUGAUCUGUACAUGUUUUCUUCUUGUAUUUGUAUACAGUCGUAUGGUUGUGUGAUCUGUAUAUAAAGAUGGUCGUUGUUUUACUGCUGGUACAAUACAUGUUGACGUGUGGUUUCAGCACUACAACAACAGGAUUGAUGCCUUCCGAGGCGUGAAUGUCUGCAGCCUUUUGUCAUAUAAAACUGACAUUCCAAAAAAAAAAAAAAAAAAUUGGGAGAAAAUAAAGAGCUAACACGUUCGACUCGGGGCUGCGAGAGUAACAGCAGUUAUUUGUAAUUUUGUCAAGGAAUAAGGUACUGGUACCGCUCUGUUCUGUUUUGAUCAUUUUCAAAUUGUGGCUUUAAAGUGAUUUGACUUCACAUAGCUCACGCGUUUGUUUUAUGUGCAGAUUUGUUCUUGUAAAAAGGUGCUUUGUACAACAACAACAAACAAACAAAAAAAAAUAUCCUGGUGUUUCUUGGUACAGAUGUGCGAUAUCCUUUCUUAUCUACGGCUAAUGUGUUGGAGCAGGCAAAAGAAAAAGAGGCUCUGCUAUGUUUGUAUGUUUUGCAUAAUUAUUAUUAUUAUGAUGAUAAUGGUCUUGUCUUUGCCGUAACAUUAUGAUGCCUUCUUGAUAAACUAGAUAUUUUGUAGCUUUCUAGAUCAUUUUUAUGUAUGCAGCAUUGCAGCUAAAUAAAACUUAAAAACCA